AAUUCAAAUAUUUUGAAGCAAACAUUGUGAAUUUAAAUAACAUUAUAAAUAGUCGCACCGUUGCCUUAAAAGAUAACUCGUUUUGAAUUAAUACACCAUUGCUCUGGUUCGAUUUCGAUUUGUCAUAAUGUUGUCAUCAGAGGAGAAGAGCUGUAUUAAAAAGAGAUAAACUUAUCGGUGAAAUUUACAUUUAACAGUAUGUGCAAUCAAAGAGACAACCUUAUACUUUUCUAAACGAUCUGAAAGAGAUAGUUAUAUUUCGUUUCGUGUGCUGUUUGGCUGCCCCUUAGCUCCAUCUACAGAACAUGGAGGAUAACACAGAUGCCAAUAGAGACACAGAUGUGUCUUCAACUACUGCUGAUGUGCCUGAGAUACAGGAAAUUUCAGGCUCAAAUGGUAAUGUGCAGAUGGUUGUUACUAUUGAAAAGAUUGAAACACCAGAAGAAGAUGGAAACACAACUCCACCUCAUUCAUCUGCUGAAGGUCAGGAGACUGAUGCCACUAAGGUGUCAGUAGAACAUUCAGUGGCAGAAGAAUCCGCAAUUAGUAAGGAAUCACCUCUCAAAAUAAACUCCACUCAAAAAGAGCCAGUGACACCAAGGAAAGAAAUUACAUCUCCUAAAAUUACUGUUAAGUCACCCAUAACUAUAUCUCCCCAAAAAGAAAUUGAUAGUAUUGAAGUUGUUACUCCAACUAAAAUUACACCAAGGAAAGAAAAUAUAAAAAUUGUUAUUACUUCUCCAAAAGAUGAGAAACGCCAAAGUCCUAAGACUACACCAAUAAAGGUGUCAGACCAAAUUGUUGAUUCCUCUUCUAAAGCAUUGUCUCCAUGCAAGGAGCUGGAAAAAGUUAUAGACUUAAAUGAAUCAUCAGACAAGGAACUUGGGAAUGAAGCACAGACUGUACAAGAACCACCUAUUGCUACCUCUUCUGAGGAUACAACUAUAACCACAGAAACUAUAAACACAGAAGAAUUAACUAAUUCUUCUGGGUUCCAAGUUGCCCCAAAUGAAAAUCAAAAAGAACCUGUGUCUUUUAAACCUCCCAUAGACAACUGUGAUAAAUCUAAUGAUUCUCAGCUUGAUGCUAACUCUGAUGUAAGUGAAAAAGAGCAUAAUAAAAGUAUAAGUCGAGAACUCAAGUCUCUCAUUAAGUCUGCAAAAGAGUCGAAGAUAAUAAGUGAAUGUACUCAACUUACUAGUAAAACACGGAAGUCUAGAACACCGUUGGAGUUAAACACCUCUGUGGAAACUGAAAAAGUCACCCCACGACGUAAUAGUAAUGCAUCAAUGAAAAGUAACCAUAGUGAAAAGUCAGAAAAAGCUGUCAAAAGAUCAAUGCGGUCACAGAACCCAGAAUUUGUGAAUAAGGUUAAGCAAUUUCUAAACUCUGUAGUUGGCAGAAACCAUGAUUCUGAUGAUGACCUGAAAGAUGAGGCUAAGAAAGAGUUUAGUGAAAAAUCACCUUCUCCUAAAAAGAGAAAAGUUCCAGAAGGUCCACUUAUUAAAAGUGAUAAGAAGCUACGAACAGACCCAUACUGCUGGCGUUGUCACUGGGCCAUAGAACUGGGCACAAAUGAGAAGACAAGGCCCCCAAUGCAAUGUACGGUUUGCCCACGGGUUUACCACUACAAGUGUCUAUCAAGUAGUGAACGGAAAAAGAUUGAUAUGGAAAGGAGUUGGGUGUGUCCUGAAUGUUUGGCAAUAUUGUACGCUGAGAGCUCUGAUACUAGAUCAAUAUCAUUGAAGCAUGUCUCCGUGAGCCAUUUGGGGGAACUUUUACAACAUGCUCUUACACGUAUGAUGGAGCUUAAUGGGGUGGAGCCGUUCAUGCAGCCAGUGGAUAGAGCCCUGUUCCCGGACUACGACAAGUGUGUAGUACACCCGAUGGACUUAUCGCAAAUGCAGCGGAACAUUGUGAACGGACUUUACGGGAGUCCCGAAGCCUUUUUGACGGACGCGCAAUGGAUUCUACACAACAGUAUUAUAUUCAACACAUUGCAAUCGAAGCUGACACUGGCGGCUCGUGCGUUGGUGAGGCUGUGCCGCAGCGAGAUGGGCGAGAUCGAGGCCUGCCCCGAGUGCUAUGCAGCCGCCCAUAACCGGAGGCCCACCUGGUUCACCGACGUCUGCUCCAAGCCGCACAUUCUGCUGUGGGCCAAGCUUAAAGGUUUCCCCUACUGGCCUGCUAAAGGGAUGUCAGUGAACGGUUCAGGUGUGGUGGAUGUGAGGUUCUUCGGAGCCCAUGACCGAGCCUGGGUGCCUGCCAAGGACUGCUUCCUGUACUCCGAGAAGGACCCAAACAAUGUCAGGUCCAAGAAGCAGAUUGUGGACAGUAUGCAGGAAGCUGAACAAUAUAUUCGGAAUAUUUCUCGCAAAUAUGGCAAGUUUGUUUAUCCGCCAUUUAAGACGCCCUUCGAGCCGAACAAGAUUAAUGAACAGUUUAAAAUGAUGAUCCCGAGUUUCGAAGGAGAAUUGCGUUUUCAAAUCAAGGAUAAGUCUGGAACUGCGUCUCCGAAAAUUAAGGAAAAGAGACGAUCGAACUCUAAAAGCUCUGUUGUCGAUGGUGAGGCAAGUGAUAAUGAAGAAAUGCAAGAUACAUCCAAAGUCUCUGAAUCAACGGAAGAGAAUAAACUAGAUACGGUUGAUGUAGAAAAACCUAUGGAUCUCGAUGAAAAUAAAGAUAAAGAAAAAAAAGUUUCGAGAAAACGGCGUCGAUCCGAAACAGAGGAUUAUGUCAUAGUAACUGACAGUACUAAAGAGAAACGUAGGCGCAUUGAAAAAGAGACGACCACACCCAAACAGCCUGAAAAACAAUCGGAAAAACAGACGGACAAACAAAAAAAAGUCAUCGAAGACAAAGCAAAGGAGGAGGAAAAUAAAGUGGAGAAGGUAGAAGAGAAAAAGAAAGAAAAAGUCAAACAGAAAGACGAAAAUAAAGAAGUGCCCAAUAGUACCACUAAGGAAAUAGUCGUUUCGGUCAACUCACCCAAAACUCCGAAGCCCAUAGUCAAAGCGAAGGACAAAACGGAAAAACCGAGAAGAGCAAUCGAAAAGAGUGCGGAGAAAACAGAAGAGAAGAAGGAGAAAAGACUGUCGAGAGGGAAAUCUCUCAUCAUCAACAACGUGAGCGCCGAUAAAGAUAAAUCGGCGAGGCCCAAAGUCAAGAAAGUGACAAAAAGCACAGACGUGGAGAUUCUCAUCAGCAAAAACAUGAUCAACAAGAAUUUGAACAAGAGUCUGGAGAAGUUCAAGCCCUCGAAGGAGAGGCUGCACUUCGAUGAUGACACCACCCUGGCUGUACUGGCCAGGGAGGUCUCAAAGACGGGAAUGCCCACCAUCACCUCGGUUCGAAGUCUUUCCGAAAAGCGGCCGCAGCCAAAUCUGAUCGAAGUCUCGGUGGACGCCAACUCCAACGCGAGCGUUCUCACGAACGUGGAGAGUCCCAAUCGAAAGGACAGCGACGCAUCUCCGAAGCCCCGAGAAUCGGAUCCGCCCGUCGGCCGGGUUGGAGUCAGGGCCUUCGCCCGGAUGCAGACGGAGAACGCCCCGGAUGUCGAGAUCAAACCGGAGCCGAUGGAUUUUGACACCGAUCGGCAGAUGGAGAAGUUGGAGGUGAUGAACUCGUUCCGGCUGCAGCCGGUGAAUCCGGCGACGAAAUUACGCGAAGUGCGUAUUAAUAAGUUGGUCGUCACGCCGAUUAAUAGGAGGAAGCAGGAAAUUCGUGUGAAGGCGAAGAAGACGUUUCCGCAGGCGAAGAAGCCGGAGGGUUCGGAGCUGAACAGCAAGAACUCGAUGGUGUAUAUACCGAUUCAGCCGGCGAGUGGUCAGGCACCGGUGAGAAACAACAGGCCUGUCGCGAAUGGAGUUCAGGUGUCUGCUAGUGUUGCUACCCCGACGACAACGAGCGCUCAAACUCCUACGACCACGGCGACGGUGUCUCAGACCACGCCCACCUCCAUCAGCAUGGGCGUGGUGUCCAACAUGGCCAGCAUGGCCCAGACCCCUAAUGUGCAUACGGUCCCGCUCAUCACCUCGGUCAAUGGCCAAUGGGCGUUCAGCCUCCAACCCGUCAUGUCUGUUGGAGGAGUUGAUAGCUCGAAUGGUCCUUCGGUGAACGGAAUCGAUCGUCCUGGGACAUUGGUGGCCGUUCCAACUCCCGUCAGCGUCAGCUCUAUGGCCCAACUCAACCCACAAAGGAAAGACGACGCACAGCUGCCACGGCUGCAGCACAAGCCGAUGUUGAAUCCCUUCGACGCGAGCAACACCAGGCCGGUGCCGGCGCCGUCCACGGUUGGACCUCUCACUGCGAAGCUCAACCAAAAUGCUUCUAAGCUGAAGGACUUCUUCCGCACCUUGAUGGAGGAGACCCUGGAGAAGGUGAACGAGCCGGCUGCCCACGUGACGUCACUGAAGCUGCAGCUCGAGCAGCUGCAGUGGAAGCACAGGCAGGAGCUGGAUGAGCUAAAGCAUAACCAUGAAUUAGCAAUGGUGGAGAUGCGUACGUCGUUUGAACGGGACAAGAAUCGUGCGGUUAACGAGGAGAGACGGACCAUGCACCUCAAUAUGGAGGCUGCGGUUAAAGCCGCCAAGUCGAAGCAAUGGUGCGCCAACUGCAGCCAAGAGGCCCAGUUCUACUGCUGCUGGAACACCUCGUACUGCGACUAUCCCUGCCAACGAGCGCAUUGGACCACGCACGCCGCCCUUUGCACUCAGGCGCAGGAUAGUAAUGGAACAGACAACUCGAAAGACAUCCACGCGAGAUUGCAGCCAGCACCGGAGCGUUUGACACCGAACAAGAACCCAUCGAAACCAACCCGAGUGUACAACAAGGAGAUGCCGAAGACUUCGCUUAUAGGUACACCAAUGAGUAUGGUAGAAGAUAGCAGUGGAAAUCAAACUGUCAAAUGCGUCGGAACAUACAAGCCCAACGCCCAGACGCCGCCUGUCAUUAUUAAUAAACAGUUACACAGCAAUGAGGAAGCGAAAAAAGUGACAACUUCCGGCGGAUAUUUGAUCGUGGGUGGGGGCAGCACCGUUUCCACACCGAGACGGCCGACGAUACAGUAUGUGCAUACGUCAUAGGUCAUAUAGUUUUUAAGCCCUAGAUUAGAGAAGGAAGCCGCUUUUUAUAUUAAUUUAAGGCAGUUGAAUGGUAGAUUUUUUUACGAUUCGUAGCUAUUACGAACACGCAUGUAUGUAUAAUGUGGGUAUCACAAAAAAUUUUACAAAUGAAGGUAGAACAUUUUUUUAUAAUCGGUUAAAAGUAUGUCCUAAAUAAAUUGUGGUGAUAAAAUUUAGCUACUUUGAAUUAUUUGUUUUAAACAUGGUGACAAAUACGGCAAUACAAAGAUUCUCAUGGGGUUAUCAACCCCUUAGAGUCUGGGUCUUGUAUUUAUUUAAAUUAGCAAUUUUGAAGCUAUGAUUUUAAUAUUAUAAACUCAAUAAAAAUCAGUUUAAACGUAAACUUUCGUUUCUUUCUACCAAAUUGUGUUCAGGCGUUGAUGAAAUGUGACAAGUUUGGUUAGAAUUGUCGAUUUAUUUAUGAUGCUUUCUGGAUCUUCAUAAAACUUAAGUUUUCAUAAAGAAUGGAUACGGAAACUAUUUUUAACAAUAUAAAAAAAAAUCAGGUCAUUGACCCCUAAAAUGUCAGGUCGUUGACCUCUAAAGGUCAUGAACUCUUGCCAGGGUUAUUCAAUAUAUUUUAUUAUUUUAUAAAAUAUAAACGACUGGUAACAAUUACCAUUCGUAGUUUUAAAUUGGGAUUUAUAAUAGAACAAAUAUGUUUAAACAUAUGUUUACAGUAAUGUAUAAGCUUAUAAAAUAAUUUAUGGCAAAUUUUUACAAAUGACUGUUAAAUAUGGUUUUAGUUAUUAAUAUAAUACCUUUUGGUUUUUUAAUACAAAAUUUACAGGAUGGUAUAUAUAUUAAUGGUUUUAAAGUAGUGGGCAAGCUUAAUUUGUCAGUUAGAAAAUGUUUGAGUUUUGAUAUGUGACAUCUAUAGCUAAGUCAUGUGACAUUCAUGUAUAUAAUGUAAUUAUUAUGCAAUACAUAAUUGAAUAAUUAGGUUAUAUUAUAUUAAGGAUAUUGGUGUUCGACCAGCUUUGAGGUUUGAAUGUGUGCGAACACCAACUAUUAUUGUAAGGCCGGCUUAUGAAGUUCUGAAGAAGGCUGAUUCUAUUAAAAGUUUUGAAGAUAGCUCGAGGGCGGAUCCAAAAGCCAUUGAUAUUAAUAAUUGGAUUGGUAUAGUCUUUUCAAGACACUAUAGUCUAUGGUGAAGAUGCGCCCCGGGUUAUGGUUCUAGAAGUUCAUUAAAUCUCAAAUUGUAGUUAUAUGUUUAAGACUGCUAUUUUUAGGUUAUUUCCUAUUGUGGUUGAAUAACUAUUUUUAAUAUAAUUUUAAUAUUUACAAAAUCUAAAUUUUAGUUAUAUUAUCUUGUAAAUAUAGUUAAAUUUAGAUAUUAAUUUCAUGAAAAUUGUGAACUGCUAAUUGUAUGGCAAUAUACUAGUACAAGUUAAUCAACGUCGAAAUGUUUACAAUAAAUGUAAGAUAUUGA